CCUCGCGGGGGCGUUGACGCCCAGCCCAGCGGCCAGCGUUGCCUGUUCCCUGGCGUGGUGGUGAACCUCCAGGCCGCGAGGACCACCCUCCCGGCACGGCGCCGCCACCACCGCCAAGACGGCCGAGACAGCCAAGAUGACGACGCCUGCGAAGGGGCUCUGCUACGUCCUGGCGGCGGCCUUCUUCGUAACGGCGUGCAGGGCGAGCAUCGGCACCGACGUCGCCGAUGACGUCAGCAACCCCAAGAACCCGGAGCUGCGGUCCGUGUGCGUCGGGGACAAGGACAUCCGGAACUCGGCCGCGAAGCUCAAGGCGGAGCUCAAGGGCUGCGUCGUGGUGGAGGGCUUCCUGCGGGUCGUGCUCAUCGAGAACGCCAAGCAGGAGGACUUCCAGCGCCUGUCCUUCCCGCAGCUGCGCGAGGUGACGGGCUACCUGCUGUUCUUCCGCGUCAACGGGCUGCUCUCACUGGGGCAGCUCUUCCCCAACCUCACGCUCAUUCGCGGCAACGAGUUGUUCAUCGACAAGUACGCCCUCGUCGUGUCCGAGCUGCCGCAGCUGUUGGAGCUGGGGCUGACGGCGCUGCAGCUCGUCAUGCGUGGCUCCGUGAGGGUCCAAAGCAACCCCGAGCUCUGCCUGGCCGAGAGUGUGGACUGGUCCGUGCUGGCGCCGGCCAGCAGCGACAGCGACAACGUCUUCACCAAGAACAACGAGCACUGCCGGCCCUGCGACUGUCCGUCGGGGCUGUGCUGGGGCUACGGCCAGUGCCGCGUCCGCGCCGCCAAGAAGGCCCCCAGCGGCAGGGACUGCCACCCCAACUGCGCCGUGGGCUGCCACGGCACCACGGACAGGGACUGCACCGCGUGCCUGGGGCCCGAGCUCGCGGGCCGCUGCAUCAGCCGGUGUCCCGGACAGACGGUGCUCUUUCGUGGCCGCCGCUGCGUGCACGCGGACUGGUGCGUGGAGGAGCACCCCAGCGCCGGCGGCCACAACUACGCGGGCGGCAUCGUCAUCAAGAGCAGCUCCACCAUGGCCUCCAGGGUGUGCGUCAACGAGUGCCCCUCCGGCUACUUCGAGGUCGACGAGCUGGUCGCCGCCACGAAGCGCGUCCGGAGGAAGUGCGAGCCGUGCAAAGGCCCCUGCAAGAAGGUGUGCGACCCGGCGUCGGUGCGCUCCAUCUCCAACGCGCGGAACCUCAAGGGCUGCACCAUCAUCAACGGUUCGCUGGAGAUCGAGAUCCACUCGGGCCACACCGAGGAGGUGGAGAGGGAGUUGACGGUGGCGCUCGGGCAGGUCCAGGUCAUCAUGGGGUCGCUGGUGGUCAGCAGGUCGCGGCCGCUGACGUCCCUGCACUUCUUCCGGUCGCUGCACCUCAUCAACAACACGGACCCCGGCAGGAGCGUGGCCAUCUUCGUCAACGACAACGCCAACCUGCAGUACCUGUUCGACUGGGGUGACAGCAGCAAGACCACCUCACUGGCCAUCGGCCCGGGCACCAAGGAGGCCAGCUUCUUCUACAACCCGCGUCUCUGCCCCGAGGAGAUCGACAAGUUCGCCAAGGUGGUCGAGGUGGCCGACAUGUUCAACUCGUACAACGGCUUCACCAACGCGUGCGGCAAGCGCCCCCACAUGUCCUCCACCGUGUCCAGGCUGGAGACCGAGUCCGUCGUGCUGACGUGGCCGGCCUGGCAGCCCGCCAACGAGGUCAUGGAGUACGCCAUCUUCGUGGCGCGGGCCGCCGCCAGGAACGUGACGGAGUACAGCGGCACGGCCCAGUGCGACGAGGGCGACCCGGGCAACGUGGCGGGCGACGCCAGCCUGGACGGCUGGGCUGUGCACGACGUGCGCUUCGACAAAGGGAAUAGCGAGGGCGAGGUGAGCCAGUUGGUGCCCAGGCUGCAGCCCGCCACGCUGUACGCGUUCUACAUCAAGACCUACACGAAGGAGUCGAAGGUCAACUCCCCCAUCAAGUACUUCCGUACGAGGCCCGACCGCCCCACGCCGCCCGCUGCAGCGCGGGCAGUGGCCGUCCGGCCCUCGUCCUCGUCGUCGUCCUCGACGGCGUCCUCGACGGCGUCCUCGACGGCUGCCCCCACGACGCCGGCCCACGGCACGGGGACGCUGCUCGUGGCGUGGGAGCCUCCGCCGAGAGCCAACGGCCGCCUCAGCCACUACAUUGUGGUGGGUGAGCUGCGCGACGACGACGACCGACGACAGCUCGGUGACAAGGACUUCUGCGAGCUGCCCUCCGCCGCCGGGGGAGCCGUCCACGAGUCACUGACGCCGGACGCGGCGUACCGCUGGCUGCAGGGUGACGCGACCGACGCGGACUCCUCGGAAGGGUGCUGCUGCCUGGGCUGCUGCCGCGUGCCGCUCGACGAGGACCAGUGCGAGCGCCUUCUGCGGGGCAGGGACGUGCAGGACGCGUGCGGCCGGCCCGUCGUCUCGCUGGACCGCUGCGCGCACGUGCUGUACUCCGUCAUGGCCGACAACCUCCGGGUGGAGGACUCGGAGCAGAACUUCCCCAAGACGGCCAAGUCGCGGACCCCCGCCCUGGACCUGAGCGAGCAGUGGGACGUAGAGGGUGUGUCGAAGAGGCGCUUCGUGCGCAUCGAGAGCGCCUCCGCGUCCAGCACCCUGGUGGAGUCGCUGGUGCCCUUCGGGCUGUACUCGGUGCGCGUCCACGCGUGCGGUCAUGAGGACUCCGACGACCCCGGUAACGGCGCCUCGCCGCUGGCCACGCUGUGUGGCGCCCCCGCCCUGGCCGCGGCGCGCACCCUGCCCGCGCCCGACGUGGACCUGGUGGUGGCGCCCAACGGCACCCUGGAGAGCACCCUGGAGGGCGACGUGCUGCACGUGUCCUGGGCCGAGCCGCCGCGCCCCAACGGCUUGGUGCUGGCGUACCACGUCCGCUACCGCGACAGGCACCGCUACGAGGCCGACGAGAAGUGCAUCACCCGGCAAAGCUACCUGCAAAAGAAAGGCACCGUCCAGAUCCUCCUCAAGUCCAUGUUCCCCGACCACAGCGCGCACCGCAGCCCGCCGGGCCCGGACGCAGAGCGUUACGCGGUGCAGGUGCGCGCCGUCUCGCUGGCGGGGCUUGGGGGCUGGGUCGACGUCAAGGUGCGCACGGCCGCGGAGGGCGGCGGAAGUGCCGGCGAAAGCGCGACCGCGGCGCCAGCCGAGGACACCGUCAGUCCCAAGACCACGGCCGCCGUCGUGGUCGUAACGCUGCUGCUGGUGCUGCUGGCCGGCGCGCUCUUGCUGCGCCACCGCGCCGCGGGGGGCUCCCUCAUGGCCCUCGUCGGCCUCUCCAGCCGCGCGGACUCGGGGCGGCAGCGGCUCGUCAACCCGGACCUCACGGACUGCUGGGACCUCCCGGACCUUCCCGACCUCCCCGACGCCGAGCCUGACCCUUGGCCUGACCGCCCCGCUGCGACGCGCGUUCGCUACCAGAGGGAGGCUGAUGGCGCUGACGCGGACCGCGUCACCAUCGCCUCCACCAGGACCGCCAGGGCGGCGGCGCGCGGCCGUGGGGGCGACGACAACGGGGACUGGCACUGGGUGACCUGGCCUAGCGACCCCGACGUGCACCACCCGUCGCUACCGCCGUCACCCCAGCGCAAGGACGUCGUGGACACGCGCCUGCCCUGUGCGGACUCGGCCGAGCCGGCGCGGUGGCACCAGGGCUGGCACCCGACCAACCCCUUCCACCCCAGCAACAGCUCCUGGGAGGACGACGGCACGCAGGGCGAACAGGGCGAACUGCACCCGUCUCCACUGGCUUCGAGGAACCCCUUCCUUCACAGCGAUGCGCGAGGGAGCUUCGAGGACGAGGCGGUGCUGACGUUUGUAGGCGACUCCGUAGGCGAACUCUCCACACCCGAAAGAGGAAGACGAGGCGCCCCCACGCGCCAGCAAGAGGCCGGGCCCCAGCACGCCGAUAACAUGUUCGUGGAAACCGAGAUUCCGGCCCAAGAUGAUCAUCUUGAUGAUGAGGUGCGAGAAGGGUCAACAAUCGAAGAAAUGCACAAGUCAUGUUCGACAGAUUCCUUUAUUUCAGUUAACUUAAAUGGCUCUGACCAGGCUGCCAGCCAAAGUUUUCUGUUGAAAAGUUUUCAUAAUAAAGACCAACAAUAACAACUUAU